AUGAAAGGGAGAAAAUUGAAGAGGAAAAGAAAAAGAUAAAGCCAAUUGGAUUAAAGAUAAUAAUUAAGGUCAUUCUUGAAUUCUUAAAUAGAGGAAAAAAAGAGAAGACAAGAAGAAGAAGAGGAAUUAAAUAAGAGAUAAGCUGAAAUCUGGAAGUAGGAUUUGAAUAAUUACAAUGAUCAUGAGAAAAAAAAAUUUGAUUAUAUUAAAGAAGUAAAUUUAAGACAUGCAGAUAUACUAAAGAGUCAAAUUGAAGAAAAGUAAAGUAAAAUUAAGAAGAAAACAACUAAAAUGAACACAGCUGAGUUGCUAUAGAAUAAAGACAAACUUAAAGUAAUUGCUUAAGAAGUCCCAGAACUUGGAGAGAAGGUUAAGAAGAUUGAGAUUUGA